AUGGCUCCUCGAUUGCGUGGAAAAGGGGAGCCUGCGCCCGAGUAUGACAUGGAGGAUGGGGAUGAUGACUUAUUUGCUGAUAAUGUGGAUGAAGAAGUGGCACAUGAAGGUACAUCUAAAAGGCAGAAACUUGGUAGUCAAAAGAUGAGAAGUGCAGAAUGUGAUGAUUUGUCCACAGAUGAGGAGUACUUGGACCUUCCAGACUCUGAUGGUGAAGGAGAAGUGACGAUGAGAUUCAGGUCAUUCAUGCCAAAGGAUUUAAGCAAUCCAGUGUUUAAAGUUGGAAUGGUUUUUCCUUCAGUUGAGGUCCUGAGAAAGACAAUUACAGAGUACAGUUUGAAGAACAGAGUUGAGAUUAAGAUGCCAAGGAAUGACAGAACAAGGAUUGGGACCAACUGUGCUGAAGGAUGCCCAUGGAAAUUGUAUGCUUCACAUGAUAGUAGGGCUAAAGGCUUCAUGGUGAAAACAUACCAGGGUGAGCACAACUGUCAGAAAAAGUGGGUUCUAAAGAGGUGCACUUCUAAGUGGCUAGCAGACAAGUACAUUGAGGUCUUCAGGAGUGAUGACAAGUUGAGUUUGUCCAACUUUGCUAAGGUUGUGCAGAGGGAAUGGAACCUUACCCCUUCUAGGAGCAAGUUGGCAAGAGCCAGGAGGAUUGCACUAAAAAAGGUUCAUGGAGAUGAGGAAGAACAGUACAACCAUUUAUGGGAUUAUGGUCAGGAGUUGAGAAGAAGCAACCCUAGCACAUCAUUCUAUUUGAAAGUAGUUGACAAUGUGUUCAGCACUUGCUACUUUUCAUUGGAUGCUUGCAAGAGAGGCUUCUUGAGUGCUUGUAGGCCAUUCAUUUGCUUAGAUGGGUACCACAUGAAGACCAAGACUGGAGGCAUUUUAUUGACUACUGUAGGGAUAGAUCCUAAUGACUGCAUAUAUCCUAUUGCAGUGGCAGUGGUUGAGGUGGAGUGCAAGGCAUCAUGUUAUCUGACCAUGUUCACCAAGUGA